AUAAAACAUGAUUCCCAGUUCUCAUUCUCCCACCUAAAACGAAAGAAAAAAAAAAUGUGACAAAAACAAUGGUGACAACGCUUUUAUAACGAUUUAUAAUUUGUUUACCACAACGUUAGAAGUUGGUGUUUUACUGGUUGAUCACGUGCUGAAGAGAAAUAUGCGGCACACACACACACACUCACUCUCUCACUCUCACUCUAUGUCUCUCUCUGAUUGAACCUUGGCUUGUACUGACUUCAGCAAGUCCUCAUGCUUUCACUCCUCUGACAGCCAUUAAGUAAUCAAACACUGACCGGGGCUGUCUUAACCUGUGGAUCGACACAAUGUUGAUUUUUAAAGAGGGACUGUGACUGUGAAUCAUAUCGCUGAGAAGUAAAGCUCACUUCCCGUAUAGUGUUUGUCUUCGGCCUACAUACCAGUGCUGCUGAAUUUAACGGAGCUCCGCUUUACCGGGAGUGAAAACCUCAUAGGCUUUAGGAUGUGCGUUGACUGCACCAUAAUCUUUGCUCAUCUGCGCCUGGCUGCUGAUCGUCUGCAGUAGCACAAUGAUCGACACGUCUACCCGACCCAUACCGAGACACCCUUUAAAGUCCUUCCAAUGAUAUGAUAGUUGCCACCUGGAUUGCAUUCUGUGCCAGCAGGAGCAUCGCACGGGUUCUACGACUGACCGUAGAACAGCUGCAGUCAGUGCAGUUUUGUCCCUACCUCUCAACCGGUGGUGCCAUGGGGAACAGCUGCGUGUGCAGAGAGGACAGUGAUGUUGAGGAGGGAUCAGCCCCUCACAGGCAGCUCAGGCGAGUGGAUAACUCUGUCUCUGAUCCCCCAGAGGCCAGAGGCAGCCGGCCCAGGGACCUGGUUCGACCGCCCAGGCGAGGUCGAGGACCACACGAGCCACGCCGGAAAAAACAAAACGUGGACGGUUUGGUACUGGACACGCUGGCUGUCAUCAGGACCCUUGUUGACAAUGACCAAGAGCCACCAUACUCCAUGAUCACGCUGCAUGAAAUGGCAGAGACAGAUGAUGGCUGGUUGGAAGUGGUGCAGUCUUUAAUUAGGGUAAUUCCUCUAGAUGACCCACUGGGACCAGCUGUAAUAACCCUACUGCUGGAUGAAUGCCCUUUGCCCACCAAAGAUGCUCUGCAGAAGUUGUCGGACAUGUUGAAUCUGAGUGUUGCUGUUGCCUGUCAGGACGCCCUCAUCCCAGCCAAACACCGCAACACCACAGCGGUACUGGGCUGCCUUGCUGAGAAACUGGCUGGUCCAACAAGCAUUGCGCUCCUCAGCCCUGGAACUCUGGAGUACUUGCUCGAGAGUUUGAGCUCUGAGGCCCACCCAACUGUCAUGCUAUUUGCUCUCAUUGCUUUAGAGAAAUUCUCUCAAACCAGUGAGAACAAGCUAACAGUAUCAGAAUCGUGUAUCAGUGACCGUCUCUCUGUUCUGGAGUGCUGGGCUGAUCACCCAGACUACCUAAAGCGUCAGGUCGGCUUCUGCGCCCAGUGGAGUCUUGAUAACCUCUUCAUUAAAGUGGGUCGUCAGUUCACCUACGAGAAAGUCAACUUGAGCAACAUCAACGCCAUGCUGAAUAGUAAUGACGUCAGCGAGUAUCUCAAGAUCUCCCCUUCUGGACUGGAGGCACGGUGCGAUGCGUCAUCAUUUGAGAGUGUCCGCUGCACAUUCUGCGUUUAUUCUGGGAUUUGGUAUUAUGAAGUCAGAGUCAUCACGUCCGGAGUCAUGCAGAUUGGCUGGGCAACUAAAGACAGCAAGUUUCUCAACCAUGAGGGUUAUGGGAUUGGAGAUGAUGAGUACUCAUGUGCAUAUGAUGGCUGCAGGCAGCUGAUCUGGUACAAUGCUCGCAGUAAACCUCACUCCCACCCCUGCUGGAAAGAAGGUGAUGCCAUAGGCUUCCUGCUGGACCUCAGUAAGAAGCAGAUGAUCUUCUAUCUAAAUGGACACCAGCUGCCUCCUGAGAAACAGGUGUUCUCUUCUGCCACGUCUGGCUUCUUUGCUGCAGCCAGUUUCAUGUCCUACCAACAGUGUGAGUUCAACUUUGGAGCCAAGCCCUUCCGCCAUCCCCCCUCCAUCAAAUUCAACACAUUUAAUGAGUUUGCCUCGCUUGCCUCAGAUGAGAAAAUCAUUCUGCCCAGACACAGGCGUCUGGCCUUGCUCAAGCAAGUUAGCAUCAGAGAUAACUGCUGCACCCUCUGCUGUGACCAGAUGGCAGACACUGAACUGAGACCCUGUUUGCACAGUGGCAUCUGUAUGGAGUGUGCCUUACUGCUGGAAACGUGCCCACUGUGUCGUCAAGACAUCCAGACACGAGUCAGACUCAUUUCCCAUGUGUCCUGACAUCAGCCUAUCAACCCAAGAAAUGGACUUUCCCCCUCAAGCUUCCUUUCAGUCCAAUCCCCUCUGUCUGAGAGAUUGACCUGAUCAAUUAAAUCGUGAUGCUGUCUCAGGAUUGGACACUGCAACGUGGACCUUUGACCAUUUGUGAGGACGGCUGGAUUAGACCCUCUAUGAAGAUGGAGAUAAAAUAUAAAGAGAAACCUCUACCCUGUUGCACUCCAAGGAUGCCCCUAUCAGAGCAGCUAUGAGGCUGUUGAGGAAAUUGGGAGGUUUUAAGAUUUCUGGGAAUUUGUAAUCUUUAUUUCCAGAAACGGAUAAAAUAUUAAACAAAUAUAUGCAUUACAUGCUGAUCUGUCUUUCAGUCUCUCCCCUCGAACUCUGGUCAGGGUCUGCUGUGUGUCUCUGUUCAGUUUUAUUGAAUAUAUAUGCGAGUUCUCUCAUUUUUAUUCUCUGGAGGAAACAACAGCAGUGUCUGAACCACUUUGUUUCCUCUUAAUGUUCAUGCCUGCCUCCGAAACCCAUUAAUGGUCGCCCAAAAACUUGAUUGUACUUGAAACUGUUCUGGGUUGAUUGCCACAACAUUCUGAUUAUGACUGCAAUAAGUCAUGAUGAAUCAAGACACUGUACAUUUUUUUCUUUUAAUGAUAGUAUUUUAUAUUAGUGUAUGAUGAAAAGCCCAUUUAGAAACAAAUUAAGCCAAAUUAGAUUGCUAAAAUGGCAGAAUUGGACAAGAAUUGAUGCAAUUGACUGACAUUUUCUCAUUUAUAUGACACUAAUGUGAAGGGCACUCUUAUGUCAACCCAUAAGUGAGAUUUGGGGGAAAUUUAAUGUGUUUCCUAUCAUGGUUAACACAUAUCCGUGUCCUAAUGCUGCUGAGGCCUAAAUGUGAACUUGAGAGACGGAAGUCUCCAGAGCUCCCAAAGAUCAGAGAGAUCUUUUGUUUUCUGAAUUGUGAUGUUUGUAAUAAAUGUCUGUUUUAUGUGUUGCACAGGUGUUGUUAAAGCUGUCAAUAUUUACUAUUUUCAAUUGUGAUUUUUAGAAUUGAUAUAAAUUACAUAAGUCCAAGGGCUAAAUCAAACUAUUAUGUUUUAGACUAUCCAUGUCAAGCCAUUUUUAUUUGUAUAACGCCUUUCACAACACACAUCAUUUCAAAGCAGCUUUACGGAA